AUGGCGGAUCCCAGAGGCCCUCGGUUAUUAAUCGACCUCAACAAUAUAUUUAAAAGGGAUCCAAAUAUGUAAGCUGAAAUUUAAGUUAAAAUAUAUUGCAUCAAUUUGUUCCCAAUUGACCACCAGACAUUUAUCACUGACUUAGCUGAUGACACAAUGAUGAGCUGCUAGCAAAACAGAGAGUAGAGUGUUUUUUCUGUUUUAUUUCCCAUUUCGUUACAAUGUUCAAUGUAUGUAUUAUGUAUGUAAUGUAAUCACAUUCAUUCAUGAUUCAUUGUGUGUGUGAACUGUCAUUGUUUUGUUUUUUUAAUAUUUUUUUUUUGAAAAUCAUGGUGCCCUAAGUUAAGUUAUUAGUCAUCUAAGUCUAUACUAAAUGAUACUAUAACUAUAACUAUAAACAAAAGACAAAUAAACAACCAGCAAUAGAAAUAUUAUACUGAUUAGUAUUUAUUAAUAUUAGAUUAGAAAUACAGAAUCAGUAGAAAAUAAAACAUUUUUCUUUGGACUUUGGGAUGAAAUUCAUAUUUUAAGCAUGUAUCAUAUUUUGUAUUAAGGCCUAAACCUAAGGGUGCAUAAAGUGUACAAAUAUGAUGCAGGGAUAUUACUAAAAACACAACACAGUAUCAGUAGUGUCAGUGUGAAAUUUCAAUAAAUUUGUAAACAAGGAGGAAUAGGAUAGGAAAAUAUCAAUCAAGAGUGUCAAUCUCAGAGAUUGAGUCAUACUCAUACAGACAUAUAUUAUUAAUUAUUAUUCUUAAUAAGUAAGAGUUCUCUGAUCAUUGACAAUCCUAUUUGUCCUAUAUUCUAUAUCUAUUGGGCCUAAUUUGAAAAAAAAAUCCUUCACAAAAUUGACCAUUGAUUGACAGUUAUUCUCAGAAAACAAUGUAAAUUUGAAGAUGAACUUUCAAUUUAAAUGGAAGUGCAACUAGUAAUGGACAUCAAUAAAAGUAUAACUGUUAAGAUAGCACUUCAAUCUGGAAACAACCUGAUUUUUUAACAGCCGAUGCUGAAGUUUUAGAUUACCAAGAAUUGCUCUAAGUAGUCUAAGCAUAAUACAAGAUGGGUAGAUCUUCCAUGUUCACAGGCGUAAUUUAAAUUUUAAAUUAACUGGGAUGAACGUUGCUGCUUCAUCAUAACAAAAAUUAUGAACAAUUUGUAUUUUAUUUUCAGCUUAAUAAUGGGAUGAUGUACAAUAAUUUAAAGUAUUCCGAAAGGUGCAAAGGUCAAGUGAAUAAUCCUAACUCAAUGAUUAUUGGGAAGAAAUGAACGCUGAUUAUUCACUCAGACUUUAUUUCAUUGAUCUUCUUCUUAUGCCUUUUUACCACGUCUGGGGCAUAGGUCAUCUACAAGAAUUUUUCAGGUGUAUUCCAUGCCCAUACUUUGCAUGUUUGCCUCUAGCUCACGUCGCCCUGUAUUCUUUGGCUUUCCUCUCUUUCUUUUUCCCUGUGGAUUCCAUGUUAGGGAUUGUAUGGUGAUGCUAUCUAAGGGUUUUCGGAGAGUAUGCCCUAUCAACCUUGAUCUAGUUCUGCUUUCUCUAGGCCUCAUUGAACUCUGUCUUGUCUUAACUACUAGGCCUAUCUUUGAAAUCUAAACUAUUUAGGGCUAAUAACUAGUUUAUAUUUCAAUAUACUAAUCAUUAUUUUAAUAAGUCAGUUCAUUAGUUGCAUUGCCAUUAUAAGGAUACAGGCAUAAUUAUGAGUAACUUUUUUUGCAAAGUGGGCUCAUUAUGGUAUUUCCACAUGGAGCAUUUUAAAACUGCCAUUUUGUGAUAACUAUAUCAAUUUUUAAUAUAUUAAAAUUAUCUGUCAACAUGGCUUCCGAGUCAAUAGGUCAUGUGAGACCCAGCUUCUCGAAUUUGUAGAAGACUUGAUGACCAAUCUAGAGAACCACAAGCAGACUGACGUGCUAGUAAUGGACUUCGCAAAAGCAUUUGACCGGAUGAAUCAUAGUUUGCUUCUACACAAACUCCAGAUAUAUGGGAUUCAAGGCACCACUAAAACAUGGAUCUCUAGCUUCCUCAGCCACCGACGCCAAGCAGUAGUGGUGGGCGGUACAAGCUCCUCCUUUGUCAAUGUGAAGUCAGGGGUCCCCCAGGGAUCAGUCCUGGGCCCCUGUUUGUUCCUAGCAUACAUUAAUGACCUACCGGAGAAACUGACAUCACAGGCAAGACUGUUUGCAGAUGACACAGCAGUGUAUAGGACGAUCGCCAACAGAUCUGACCAGGACCAGCUACAACAGGAUCUCAAUCUGUUAGCUGAGUGGGAGAUGAGCUGGGACAUGGAAUUUCACCCUGCCAAGUGCCAGACACUAUCAAUCUCUAGAAGUUGUACUCCUCUACACUACCAAUACAAACUGCACGGCCAUAUUCUUGAGCAAGUUUCCUCCGUAAAGUACCUGGGUGUUACCAUUCAAAGAGAGGUCCGCUGGGACGAGCAUAUUAACAAUGUAUGUAACCAAGCAAACCAAGCCUUGGGGUUCUUAAGGCGAAAUCUAAAGAUUGGCAACUCCUGUGUGAAAGAAAGAGCAUAUAAAGCCUUUAUCCGUCCGAUUUUAGAUUAUGCAUCUUCAGUCUGGGACCCAUUUACCCAGAAGAGCAUUGACAGGUUGGAGGCGGUCCAGCGACGAGCAGCACGCUUUGUCCUAAACCGCUACAGGAAUACCUCUAGUGUUGGCAGCAUGCUAGAAACACUAGGCUGGUCACCAUUGGAGAAACGACGACGACAAUCCAGGCUCUCCAUGAUGUACAAGAUAAAUAAUGGGCUGGUCCACUGUUCCAGUAUUAAACAGAAACUCGUCCCUCUCCCCCAUAGACAGCGACGAGGCCAUGACAGGCAAUUCAGGCUCAUACCAGCAAGAAGCCAGUAUAGGAGCUGCUCAUUCCUGCCCAAGACAAUCAGGGACUGGAACCAUCUUUCAAAAGGAACAGUUGAGGCGACAACACUAGACACAUUUGUGUCUAUUGCCACAAGCCUUCAAACCCCUAGUGCAUAAUUUCCUCAUCACCACCAGUAACAGAAACAUGGCAAAUCCCAUCUACAUGCAUAGGAGCCAAAAUGAUCAAUAAAUUGAUCGUGGGCCCUUAAGAUAUAGAAGAAGAAGAAGAAAUAUCGUGGCAUAACUCCUCUUCUCAAAUUUCAAUCCCUUACCAUGGAUAUAUGUUGUUUUAUAUAAUAAUAUUGAAUAAUAUAGCAAUUUAAAAGUUUGUUCUUUCACUAUGGCGUACUUAAUAACCUAUGUGCAGAGUGGCUGUUUUAAUCCAUUGGAAUUUUAGGCUUUCAAGUGCUGUCAAAUGCUAUUAAUUUUCUUUGCUUUUAUCUUGUAGAGACGAAUAUGAUAUUGUCCCCGUUCUUGAACCAAAACAUAACAGAUCUCCAUUCUUCUUGCAAGAGCAUAAGCUUGGAGUAGAGGCUUGGGCUGUCAAAUUGCUAAUGAAAUAUUCUGUUAACAGACUUAUUGGAUGGCGCGCGCAGAAACCUUCAGAAAAAUUCAUUGGUAUUUGUGCAUUUUUCUUUCAGAUUAUCUAUUUUUCAGUUUCAUAAAAAAAUAUUUUUUAAAGAGUGUUUUACUAUUUAUCAUUGGAUAAGUAAAUUUGCCCGACGUCCUUACAACUUAUGCAAUUUUGAAGCUGAAUAUAUUUACAUGUAUGUUUUAUAUUUCUGUUCUGUUUCAGAUCACAUGGAAGUUUCACAUUUGACACGAGCAGUGCUUUUGUUCAAUCCAGACAACUAUACAGCAUGGAAUAUAAGGUAUUAAAUUUGUUACCUACUAUGCAGUGUGAUUGAUAUAUUAGCUUUGACAAUAAGUUAUAAUUUUCUUUCUAUUAAUGUAGACUCUUAAUUUUUGUCCAAUUAAAAUUUGUUAUUGUUUUUACUUCUAGAAAGAGUUAUGGAGUGAUUUUUACAUCCCUUAUUGAAUCAAGGGAAAUGAAUUGGAUGAAUGAGUAAUAAAUUUUAGUUUUAAAGUGAUAAACUUUAUAAACACUCUCUUUUUAAAUCCUUUAUAUUAACUUCACUUUUGUUUCUGUGUUUCUGGCUGGGUGGAAAAAUCUUCGGAAGGCUAAUUGACCCACUUCUCAUCAACCUAUCAGCUGAAACUUAGCACAUAGACUCGUUGCCGAUGACCACACAUUCUAUCAAAUUUUCAGCCCUAACUCGAAAAAAAAACCUGUUUUUAGGGGUUGUUUUAAUUCAUCUAGAUAUUGAAGUUAUUAAUUUAAUAUUUUAAUUCAGCUUUGAAUUAUUUUUCCAUUGAUAUCAAUGUCUAGGUUAUCAAACUGUCAUUUAUAACAUUAUUAAUAUUUACCGUCAGCUAUAUUCAUAUUUUUUAGUACCAGAAUUUCAAUCGGUCCAAAUGCAAGCAAAAACUCAGUAAAUUACAUAAUGCGAUAAGUCAUCCUUAGAGUUACAGUGUAAGCUGAAUCUCAAAACUUCAUUGCAGAAAAAUUCCAUUUUAUAAGAUUUACAUUAUUCUUUUAUAAUUUGAUAUACUUUUUUUUUUUUUUCAAAGCCUCUUAGUCUUAAUGGUCUUUAAAAAUGUUGCAAUUAUUAACAACUGAAAAAUGAAUUUUGAUUAGCAUGCAAAGGUGGACAUCACCAGUUAAGCUUGCUGAAAUGGGAUAAGAUUGUUAAAAUGCCUCUCUUAAAUAUCAGUAUUUCAAUUCUCAUAAUUACUUAGACUUAGUCAGUAAAUCAUUUUAAAUUAUGGUAACUUAAAUUUAGAAUUGUUUCCCUUGAAUCAAAAUUUAAUACUUAAAACUUUUGCAGGAGCUUUGCAAAGAAUUGAGAUAAAAAUCUAACUAGUCUUUUUAUUUGUUAUCUAAAAUAGGAAAGAGCUAGUAGAAAGUGGAUACUUAAAUUUGACAGAGGAUCUUGCAUUCGGAGUACUUAUACUCACAAAGCAUCCAAAAAGUCCUGAAACAUUUAUCCACAGGUAAAACAUUUUUAUAAAGAAAUUGGCCUAUCCAGUUAUAAAAUGCUCUUGAAUGUUGUUUGCUUCAAAUUGUCUUUGAGUGUUAUGUUGAUUCUCAAUACUUGUUCUUAUAUGUUAUCUAAACACUGUAUUUUAUUUAAAAAUUGUUUUUGCUUCUCAGUUAUAAUUAGCUUUGGGUGGUUUUAGUUUGCACUGACUUUGGUAAGAAAUGAUUCAGUCAUUUGCUUCGUUGCAUCUCAUUUUAAAAUAAAUCAUAGGUAUUUGAACAAAUGUUGGAUCAACAUAAUAAUGUUCACAUAUAUUUUCAGACGGUGGCUUUUCCAGCAGAUUUUAGACCACUGUUUGUCAUCAAGCUCUGGAAGUAAUGCAUCCUGUUCAGCUGCAGCAAAUGUUGAGUUUUUUGUUAAUAUGGAUUCAAUCGAUAUAGACAUUAGUGCACCCUCUGACUCUGACCUGGCCUUGAACAUAGACUUGUCCCUAGAAUCUAGUAGGCUAUUGAAAACGCAUACUCAGUCAGAACUGGAAGUCACCUCACAUGCAGCUGAGAAGUAUCCUUGCAAUUAUCAUGCUUGGUCCCACAGGAUUUGGAUUAUUCAGCACUGUUUGAACUGUUCCUUACAGGUAGAGCUGCUUAUAGUUAUUGUUUUUACCACAUAUUAAUAUAAAAAUAUUUUGGUUAGAAUGGGGCAUUGUUUUGUGACAUGGGCACAUGGUAGUUCUGUUUUGGCAAUGUCAGUCUUGUUUGUGUUCAUGCAGUGUCCAUACUAAUAGUAUCUUUAUAGGAUGUUGCUCUCAGGCUUGGAAAAGGGGAAAUAAGCAAAACAAAGUAUGGGAAAACCUGAAAUAAAGGACACAGCAAAAUAACGAAAGUGUAGGCAGGAAGCCUUCUUCAGUGAACAAACAACAGUAAAAACAUUAUAAAAAUUAAAAUAAACACUUAGUUUCAGUGUAGUACGAUGGAGGACAGGAAGUGGAUUGCGAGAGAACAUAAGUAGGUGAGAGAGUUAAUACAGACAAAAUGGGAUGGAAAAGAGGAAAAAUAAGUCCACUGCGAUUGGUCGUAAAAAGGGUGGGUGGAAGAAAGGUUUAACAAGUGAAUGAACCAUGACAUUCAUGCCAUGUAGUGAACUGAGCAUUCUUGUUUUGAACAAAAAGUUUUUUUCCAGGAUUUCAAAAGGUUGAAUAUGAGACUCGAAUCAUUUUUCUUUAUUAAUUACUUCUUGGAUGGGAGAGAUGGGGAAGAAGUUUGCUAGUACUGAUUAGUAUCUAUACUAUUAUUCAGAACAAAGUUAAAGAAAAAUUGUAAGAAAAAUGUAAGGAGCAUUGUUAUUUAGCUAGCUAAUGUGACAGUCUUCAAAUUGCUGGAAUUUCAAAAACUGAUAUCUUUUGAUGAUAUAUUGUAAAUAAAAAGGUAUAGGGAGCACAAGGUAUUUGGUAAAAUAAUAAAAAAAUAAAAUAAAGGAAUCUUAGCCUGCAGAAAGUUAGAACUAUUAUAUAUGGCAAAGACAGAAAAGCAGCCUUUAUUGGCUGUGGAUGCUACAUCCUACAAGCAAAGUUUCUAUUUUAAAAGUUUUAUUAUUUCAUUUUAUUUAUCUCUUGUUGCUGAGUAAGGCUUUUUAGUAUUAUCAGAUUUAGUGCGUUAGAAGAUUUUUAAAAUGUCAAAAACCACUCUGCUAUAAGGAUAGGGCUAAUUUAUAAUGUCUAUUGUUUAAUCCUUGUUAUUAAAUGUGUUUGUUUAAUCUUACCUAGGUACUCCUUUCAGAACUAAAAUCCACAGAAUUAUGGACAUCUACACACAUAUCUGACCACAGUGGUUUUCAUUAUAGGCAGUUUCUUCUAAAAGAAUUACAUGCAAGACAAGGGAGAUUACUUUCAUCAUAUUCAGUUAACUCUACCGAGCUUUUUAUGAGUGAGAUGGCUUUUGUUUGUGAUCUUAUACAAUCUUAUCCAGGUCAUGAAGCUUUAUGGUACCAUAGG